CUGCUGGUAUGGUGUAGGAUAACAGCCUAAAACCUCCACAGCCAUGAUGAGCCUGCUCGUGUGUUUGUGUUGUGUGCUGCUGGACCUCAUGACAGUCCACAGCCGUGUGCUCAUGCAGGGCCGUAUAGUCGGUGGUCACACUGCUGUGCCAAACUCCAUCAAGUACAUUGUGUCACUGCAGAGCACCAGGGGCCAACACUUUUGUGGUGGAUCACUGGUUCACAGGUACUGGGUGCUGACUGCAGCGCACUGUAACAUCGGGGCAGAGCACAUGAUGAUAGUGGCCGGCGACUACAUUGUAAAUACCUUUGAGGGUACUGAGCAGUACGCUAAACCCCACAGGCUGGUCACCCAUCCCCUCUACAACAGGAGCACCAACAAUGCUGACAUCAUGCUCAUUAAGUUGCGGGCCCCCAUGGUGCUGAACAGGUACGUGUCACUGGCGCCUCUCCCCAGGCAGGGGACAGGAGUGGUCGAAGGUUUGGUGUGUCGGGUGUCCGGGUGGGGCUACAACAAUCUUGGUGGAGGCCAGGCCCCCUUCACCCUGAGGACGGUCACAGUACCCAUUGUUUCGACUGCAAGAUGUAACAGCAGCGAGUCCUUUAAUGGAAAUGUCACAGCAAACAUGAUCUGUGCUGGCUACAGGACUGGAGGAAAAGAUGCAUGCAAGGGAGACUCUGGUGGGCCACUAGUGUGUCGUGGCUAUGUCUACGGCGUGGUCUCAUGGGGCAAUGGCUGCGGUGAUCCUAAGUUUCCGGGAGUGUACACUGCUGUGUCCAGAUUCCGCCGUUGGAUAGACCAAACCAUCUACGGGUCACACCUACGCUGUACCAGAUACUGA